GAAGCGCCCGUGCGAAACAACAGCACUUCGUGGAACGAACCAGCCAUCAGCAAUGUUCCUGCACGUUCUCUUGCCAACUGCAAUAGCUGCCUUCGCUCUUCUGCCCCCUAGCUUCGGGGAAGACGCCGUGCGCACGAAUGCCGCCACGAGCGCUCCGAACGCAACGGCAAGAUCGACGCAUCGCGGGGACCGCUACGUCCCCAUCCAGAGCAUCAGAAAAUGCGCGCAGAACAACUCGUCGCCCUUCAUCGGCGAACGUUCUCUCUGCACGUUCGACUACGUUGUGGACGUGUCACCCUACCGCGAUCCCGAGUCCAUCGCCACUGUGCUGUGUCGCUGCAUGGGCGUACCCUGCACGCCCGAGCGAGGCUUCCGCUGCGUCCAAGUCUACCGCCCGCUGAACGCGACCUACACCUUCCCCGACGGCACGACGAGAAAGAAGAGCUACCUGGUUCCCAGCGACUGCCGGUGCGCUUCGACGGAGACGAGCGCGUGGAACCUGACGCGUCAAGUGGAUCCACCGCCGUCCUCAGAAGCAUCGUCCUCUUCACUUCCUUACACAGUGGGAGAAAUUUACGGUGAAGCUGUGAAGGAUGCGCCUGCGGGGGAAGGUUUAGGCGCAGAGCCAUGCGCCGAUCAAGAAGCGAUAUAG